ACAGGUGUCGCCAACAUCACGUUUCCGUCUGUCAUUCGCCCUGUCAUUGGGUCCCCUGUGAUUGGGCCGCAUUCCCCUCUGCAUGUGAAGUACUUGAAAGCGUGUGGAACCUCGUGAAUAUACAGUUCGUGACCUUCCUACUACGUGUAGGCGUGGCAAAAGGGAGUGGUCAUUUGCCGACUCCAUUUACAACUGUGUGCGUGGCCGUGUGUUUCGUUUGAUAUGUGUCUGUGGUGUGUAGGGUGCGUAAUGCAAGGGAACUUCUCGACACCACGGAUCAUGCAUUCGAUAUUCUCGACGCCGGAGACCAUGAGUCCUGAGACCCACAUGCGCUUGGCAGAACCGUUUCCUUCUUGUGCGAAAUCCGUGAGGCACUUCAACGGCGUGACUUCGAUCCACGGAGCCACCAGAGAGGACUUCGAAGAGGACCCGUGGAUGACCGUCGUCCCGUGCAUGGACAGGCAUCUUGACGGUUGGCACGAUGUCAAUUGGGCCGCGAUGGAGAGUCGAUGCCCUUGGGCAAGCCAGUACAAGUUCGCCAACAUGUUGGAGUUUGGAGACUUCAUCACGCUGCCUGACGCUGUCCUCGGACACAAGUUCCUGAGCCGUAUGCGCAGAACACUAAGCUUCAUUAGCCGCCAUUUUAGUCACCUAGAGUAUCACUACGUCACGUCGUCGCCACGCGCGUGGACAGGCUCGCGAAAACAAGAGUUGCUGGACUGCGCUCGUCACUGCUCGUUCCUAGAGCACUACCCGCUCCGUUGCCCUGGUCUUUCUCCACAAGUUGUGUCUUACUGUUGUGUGAGGUUGAUUGUAUCCGGAACCGAUUUCACCAGAGUGAUGUGUGUCGCCACUUGUAACAAAAGUAGGAAACUCGUCGAUGCAGUUGUGCUUGUGUCACGAAACGAGGUGUCCGUCGGUAUCCGAAGUUCCCCAUUUGCUGAUUGUUGGCGGUGUUGUUUGUUUUUGAAUGCAUCCUCCGCUACGUCUGGUGUAGACACAAUGUCUACGUCAAGAGGCGAGGAGCAGCCUACGGGGACCUCGGGGAGGGAGUCGACGAACGCAAAAUUGUGGUCGAAUCAUGCGCAUACGAAGUGGUUCGUCGAUUGGUGCUUCCUCGAAGAUGACGAGCCCAUGAAAUCGCCUUGUGGUCCUGUCAUCUUCGUGGAAGAUAGAAAAGGACGAAGAGUGCUCGGCUCGGUCAAGGGAUGGCAGCCAUCGGAAAACCACGACAAGCAGUGCUACCUGAUGCAUGUUGUUUACAAUUCGAAGGGCGACGUUCUGGCAGGUGCGAAAGGGGCGAUUCUCUCGUGGGAUCUGUUCCAGGGGUUUGGUGGGGGGGCUUUGAGGACCCCUUUCUAUGCUACAGUCGCGGAGGGAGAUCUUGUUUCGGCCAGGGAGUUUUUUUACGAGGUCGAGAAGAGCGACUUCGACCUCGACGAUCCCUGCCAAAUUUCGAGCGACCUGGAACUGUCGCUUCCUGUGCAAUGUGCUUCGGGUUCGUUUCCAGUGGUUCAGUACAGCCCCGGCAGGGUGAGGAAAUGGGUUCCGGUGGUUCAGUACAGCCCCGGCAGGGCGCUGCUUGGCACCGAUGUGGCGGUGAGGUACAACUUCAAGCGCUGGCCUGCACGAAUGGUGUACUUCUCGGACGAGGACUUUGAGGGGUACUUUCUGGUCAGCGCUGAGGACAACAAGAAAGACCUGAAGGCCCCUCCGAGACAGCUGAAACUCUCCAUGAGAGACAUUCGGUGGUGUUGGAAGGAAUUGGGUUACCCGAAAGUUGUUAUGGGUAACCUCAGCGGGAAACAGGCGGAGGUGGAGGCAUGGCGAAGAUUUUGUGCGGAGGCGCUCCACAGGACGCCAUACAAUCACUUGUGGACUCUCGCCGAUGACAAGACCGAGCAAGGAAUCAAGAAACAGAAUGCUGCCCUUCAAUCCUAUUUCCCGCUCGCGAUGGUAUGGAAAAGCGCAUGGGAAACCGGGAUGGAAUUUUUCGAGAGAUGGGAAACGGGCAGACUGUUGGCACCGGAAGGAGCGAAGUGGAUCGCGAAGAAGAAGAAGUUGCAGGGCCUCAAGCCAGGUGUGAGCCACAUCGAAAACGAGAAGGACGGGCGAAAGGUAUUCGUCUACAAUGUCCCCAUUGAAGGGCCACAAAAGAAAGGCAAGAAGGAAAAAGAGUCAGGCGACUGGUUCGUCCAGGUCACCGAGCCGGAUCCCCAUUGUUGGAAGAGCAUGGAGGCCCUUACCGACAAUGAGAAAUGCCGGUUGUUGAAAGAUGUUCUCAACUGCGAGGUGGUCUGGGUGCAGACAGGGUCCUCAGCGGGGGCGAAGCAAGGGACGCUGCGGAUGCACAAGGCAGUGCAACUGGUGAAGUGCGAUCGCAUAUUGGACGUCACAUCUAUUGCUCCGUUCGGCGUCAACCCUCUGGAUGCGCAGAUGAAGGUUGUGGAGUUGGAGAGGGCGGUCGGAAUCACGAAAUGCCACACGUGCGUUCUCGACUUGUGCGAACCGGUGGACAUCAAACAGUGGACAGCUAAAGUCUUCGAGAGUUUGAAUGCCCUCCUGGAGCACUUGUUCCCCUCGCACUGGACAGUAGUCGCGUUCGUCCCCCGUGAGCACGACUACUACUUCAUGACCAGCCUGCACCAUCUGUCCGUCGUGAAGGCAAUGGCCGGGAAGUGGGUGAGGAGGACGCAGCAGAAGAAAAGUUUCGGUGUCGGCCACAACUUGUACUCCUUGGACGACCGCAUGUACAUCCUUUUCAAAGGCGACGACUUGCGGGAGAACACAUCUAUUGUCUACGGCGCGAGGUUAGCGGCGGGUGAUGCUGCCGCGGUGGGGGCACUUCAGAAAGUGACUCCCACUGAGAUAUCCGACAUGCCGUUCGACGCUUGUGAAUGGCCCGUCGUGAUACAUGGGCGUGAUCCCGUGGUGUACAAGGGCCAUGAGUGGAACCCCACACAAUUCGCCCAUCUGCUGGAAUUCCUUUGCAAAAAGGGGGACGGCAUCAUGUUCCUCGGGAAAGCGCACGCACAAGUCGUGUGGGAGGUUUUGAAGGGUGGUCGCAAGGUCAUCGCGUUGGAGGGGAAUUCGGAGUGGUUGCAAUUCACGUUGGAUUUCCUGAAAACCGCGGUCAACUCGGGAGCAUACCGCUGUGAGUUCAUUACGAAGUGUGAGAAGCCGAGACGCGUUUGGGAUCCUUCGACGGACAUGUGGUUCAAACUAAGCGCCCGGAAAAGGAGCAGGAUCUACGAGUUCCUCUUCUUGGAGAAGCAGCCUGCGAGAGGCACCGACAUCGAGUACAUGCGCCGCAAGGAACACAUGUUGGCGCUGCUAGACAACUAUCACGGCGCCACGCGCCUGAACGCGAAGAACUUCCCGGAUCGACUAGAGUUAUUGUACUUUGUCGAAUCCGAGCCGGUCCUGAGGCUCGAGAGUUACGGUGCCUUGAUCGACGCCGACGAAGAGUCCCUCACCGGUGUUGUCUUCGACACCGGUGCACCUGAGGAGGAUAGCAACACCGAGGAAAUUGACAUCGACUACCGCCUUGCUCCGGUGCUCCCAUCCCCGACCUCCUCGUCAACGAGUCCCUCAACAAACCGGCCCGCACAAGCGACGCCCAUGCAGAGGACCCCUAGUAAGUUGUUGGCGAGAUUGACACUUCGGCAUGCUGCCCCUCCUCCUCUGCGUCCAGGGUGUCAAGUCCCCCUGCAACAUCCUUCUCGGAAGGAUGAGAACAUCCACUUCGAAGGGCACGACCACACGCGUUCCACGGAGGCAGACUGGGGUCAUGACAUGAUUUGGCACCCGGGGACGAUCCAGCCCGCAAUUCGGAAGGGGGAGUGGGUCAUGGCCAUAGUCGACACUGACGGGGAAUGGAAGUCGUCCGAGCGCCUGGCCAAGUCCGACUACUUGGAUAUCGCGAGGAGUGCUGUGGUGGACAAAGCGGCCCUUCCCUCGUGGACUGCUUUCGGCUCCUCCGGUGAAGUGGGGCGGGGCUCAUGUGCAGGGGAUCCUGUCUCCGCCGUGAAGGGCAAGUCCGCGGGCAUCCCUACCAGGGCGGACGACGUUCAGGCGAGUGUACCAGUCCAGUGGAGCUCUACAGGAGCACAUGCGUCGGAGAUGGGCACCGCCCUGGCUGUGCGGGAGGCGACGCCGCCGACCCUUCGACAAGGCCGAUCUGCGGAGUCACAGAGAGAGAUUGCUGGUGCAGCGCCGUCCGCCUUCCUUGCGACGAAGUCCGCCGGUAUCCGUACUACGUCCGUGACGUGCCUGCAAUCGGAGGAGGCAGGGACGGCGGAAGGUGCUACGUCUGUUCAUACAGACGACCGCUCCUUGGGAUCCACCUUGAUGCGGCUGCAAGGAUCCGAGUCACGUGAGACUGACGGGGGGGAAGAAUGGGUGGAAGUCGAGGGCGGGGAAGAAGGGGGAGAAUAGGAGGAGGGGGGAGAAGGAGACGAAGGGCGAGAGAAGGAGUUGAUUACAUUGCGCGAUGGGGAAGACGGUGAAGAAGGAGGACUCAGUAUUACAGACGAGGAAAGGGUGGACCUGCUAGUUGUAGCUGCAAGUCCGCCCGGAAUCCGAACUUUGACAUUUGUAAACAUUCCUCUUCUUUGGCGUGAUGUGGUCUUUCGUCGUCAUGUGCAGGGUUCUCGGGCUAGACUGCGCUCGUCGUUUUAUGUGCGAAUGCACACAAGCUCAUCGCUGCGAAAAUCGUUUAUCAGACGGUCUGUCUUGUAGUCCGCCCGUAUCCGCACUACAGGUGUCGGCCAGAGAUAGAAAGUCGAGACGGCAACAGAGGACUUGUAGAGGGAGGAGCGGAUGAGUGGUCACAAAAUAAAGCGUGACGGUGUGU